AUUGCCUCUUUUUAAAUCAGUUUCUACGAAGAUUUCUAUUAGAGCAUUACUCUUUACGAAAAAAAAAUGAACCCGAAAGUAGCUGUGGUUUUCUUGGCCGUCCUCGGUUUAACAAUUGCCGACGACAGUCUUUUAGACUUAACGGAUGCUGACUUCUCCUCACGUAUUGCUGGCAUUAAUGCCGCUAUGGUUUUGUUCUAUGAUCCUUGGUGUCCAUAUUGCCCCAAAGGGAAAGAAGAAUUUGAAAAGGCCAGUGAGGCUCUACGAGGAACAAAACAACCAUUUCUUUUAGCUACAGUAAACUGCUAUGAAAAUGGCAAAGAAACGUGCUUAAAGUACUCAAUUGAGAUCGAAAACGAUCCCAUAAUAAAGAUAUUCAGAAUGGGCGAACUGAGUCAACAAUAUAAUGAGGCAGAAGACGCGGCCGGUAUUGCAAAGUUCAUGAAAACUCGUUACGGUGUUGCCUCAACUGAGCUGCUAACUUUGGCAGAGACUGAAGAAUUUUUGAAGGCAAAAGAACCAACAAUUCUUGCCUUUUUCGAAAAGGGCAAUGACCUCGAAACAUUCUACUUCAAAUAUGCCGGACACUUUACAGGGGACUAUCGUUUCGGACAUUCAAGUGCAGAUGAAGUUUUUUCGAAGUACAACGAAAAAAAUUCCAUUUUGCUCUUCCGUGCUCCUCAAUUCCACAACAAAUUUGAACCGAAUUGGGCUACCUUCAAAGGUGACACGCAAGAAGAGCUAACAAAGUUUAUAAAGAAAAACUGGUAUGGACUUGUCGGACACCGAAAACCCGACAACAUCGGCGAUUUUGAACAUCCGAAUGUAGUUGUCUACUACACGAUAGACUAUGUGAACAACGCGAAACAAACCAAUUAUUGGAGGAAUCGGAUUCUUCAAGUGGCAAAAGACAAUACAGAUUAUAAGUUUGCUAUCAGCUCGGACGAUGAUUUUGGAUUAGAGUUGCUGAGAUUUGGCCAGACCUAUUUAGGGGAAGAACCUCUCGUAACAGCGUAUGAUAAAGACGGCCGAAAAUUCAAAAUGACUUCUGCAUUUUCCGUCGAAAACUUGAAGCAAUUUGUCCUGGGCGUCAAACAAGGAACAAUUGAACCGUUUAUAAAAUCUCAAGCGAUACCAACCGCAAACGAUGAACCAGUAAAAAUAGCCGUAGCCAAAAAUUUCGACGAAAUCGUGAUCAAUAAUGGGAAAGACACUUUCCUCGAAAUCUAUGCACCGUCGUGCGGGUAUUGCAGAGAAUUGAAACCAGUUUUCGAUGAGCUUGGUGCAAAAAUGAUUGACGAAGAUGUGGAAAUCGUGAAACUCGACGGUGCAAACAAUGAAGUACCGGUAGUCUUCCAAUUACAAGGUUUUCCGUCACUGUACUGGUUGCCAAAGGAUUCUAAAAACAAACCAAUUAUGUAUGUGGGAGGCAAGACUUUAAAUGCAUUUAUCGAAUACAUUGCUGAGCAUGCAUCCAGCGAACUGAAGAAUUUCGACCGAAACGGCAACAUCAAGAAAAGUGAACUCUGAAUGGUAACGUCCGUCACAAGGCAGGGGAGAGAAUUCAAUGGGACUAGAUAAAUUUGUCAUUCGUAAUUUUAGGAUAAGUUCUUUACUUUUCGAAUAAUUUCAAUUCUACUAAGA